AUGGGCAACACGAGCGUGCUGACAUUCACAAUGACAGCGUACACUGUCAUGGAAAACUACAAACACGGGCUGUUCACUCUAUUCCUCCUGCUCUAUCUGAUCACUCUCGCUUUAAACACUCUCUUCAUUGCUGUCGUACACCAGAACAAAGAGCUGCAUCAGCCCAUGAAUGUCUUCUCCUGUAUGUUAUCCAUCAAUGAGAUGUACGGCACCACAGCUCUGUUACCUGCUGUUAUGGCCGUGCUCUUAUCAAAAACUUAUGAAGUCAGCGUGAAGUGGUGCAUGGCUCAGGUGUACUUUCUGCACACAUACGCCUCUGCUGAGUUUUUUAUAUUAGCUGUAAUGGGAUAUGACCGUUAUGUUGCCAUCUGCUACCCUCUGCAUUACCACAGCAUCAUGUCUUAUUCAAAGAUGAGCAAGCUUGUUGCAUUAGCCAGUCUUUACCCACUGAUUCUGUUUGCACUUUAUUACUCUCUGACCUUACAGCUGAGCUUCUGUGGGAAAUUAGUGCCUAAGUUAUACUGCGUGAACAUGGAGCUGGUGAAGAACUCAUGCACUACUGUGCCUUACAUAAGCAUAGUGGGGCUCAUACUGAUUCUGGUCUUUGUCGUGCCACAGGUCCUGAUGAUUGUUUUUUCUUACAUUCAGAUUGCAAGAGUGUGCAGGAAGCUGUUGAGAGAAUCUCAAGGAAGUGCGCUAAAAACAUGCAUCCCUCAUUUAUUAUCUCUGCUAAACUACACCAUCGGGUCUUUAUUUGAAAUCAUCCAAACUAGAUUUGACAUGACUCAUGUUGCUGCAGAGGCACGCGUCUUCCUCUCUUUAUAUUUUAUCAUCAUCCCGUCAGUUGCCAACCCAGUGCUGUAUGGACUAGGUACUCAAAUAGUGAGAGUUUAUAUACUCAGACUGUUUAUUAGACAAAAGAUCCUGCCUGCAAAGUUAAAAGAGGCUCUGGUUAGAGCUUGA